GGCUCGGGGCGGGCUUGGCUCCCGGCGGCGGGAGAGCGGGAGCGGGGGCCCGCAACGGCGGCACCAUGAAUGCGGAGAACCAAGAUGUGCUGCUGGAUCUGGAGGGGGAGGAGGAGGAGGGGGAGGAGGAAGAUGAUGAUGAUGGAGAGACCGUCUUGGAACUGAACAAGGUGAUUAUUCCCACUUAUGGAACCGUGCCGGAUCAGCAAAACCUUCACACUCCUGAAUGGGUGGAUUUUGAUGGUAAGCCUGACUCCUUGUUCUUCAGUGAUGGGCAACGAAGAAUUGACUUUGUUUUGGUGUAUGAAGAUGAAAGUAGAAAAAUGACUCAUAAGAGGAGUGAUCGUAAAAAGCAAAAGAGGAAGAGACAAGUAUAUGAAUCAAACCUGAUAAACAACGGCUUGCAACUUGAAGCAACGAGAUCGGUUUUGGAUGAAAAACUUAUUUUUGUGAAAGUGCAUGCACCUUGGGAAGUGCUGUGCACAUAUGCUGAGGUUCUGCACAUCAAAUUGCCCCUGCAGCCCAAUGACCUGAAAACCCGAGACUCAGCUUUCAACUGGUUUAGCAGACUCUUCAGAGUGGAUGAAAAUAUCAUCAAACCUGAGCAAGAGUUUUUCACUGCCCCUUUUCAAAAGGAGCUUUUGUCCAACUUUUAUGUCCAAGACAAAGACACGUUUUUCAAUCCUGCAACUAGAAGCCGAAUUGUUCAUUUUAUCCUGUCCCGUGUGGAAUAUGCAACCAAAAAUAAUGUGAAAAAGUUUGGCAUUAACAAAUUACUGGACACUGGAAUCUACAAAGCAGCAUUUCCCCUUCAUGAUUCUAGUUUUAGGCACCUGUCAACCGAUCCCAACUGCCCAAGUGAACGAUACCUUCUCUACAGAGAAUGGGCUCAUCCCAAAAACAUUUUCAAACUGCAGCCCCUGGAUUUCAUCAGGAAAUACUACGGCGAGAAAAUUGGAAUCUACUUUGCUUGGCUGGGCUUUUAUACUAACAUGCUGAUCAUAGCUGCGAUUGUAGGAGUUGGCUGUUUUCUGUAUGGAUGCCUGACAAAGGACAACUGCACAUGGAGCCAAGAAGUAUGUGAUCCCAACAUAGGAGGUAAAAUCAUAAUGUGCCCUCAGUGUGAUAAAGUAUGUACCUACUGGAACCUCACCAUCACUUGUGAAUCAUCCAAGAAACUCUGUAUAUUUGAUAGCUUUGGAACACUGGUGUUUGCAGUAUUUAUGGGAAUAUGGGUUACUUUGUUUCUGGAGUUUUGGAAGCGACGGCAGGCUGAACUGGAGUAUGAAUGGGACACAGUUGAGUACUUAGAGCAAGAAGAACAAGUUCGCCCAGAAUAUGAAGCUCGGUGCACUCAUGUAGUAAUGAAUGAAAUCACACAGCAAGAAGAACACGUGCCAUACACUGCCUGUGGGAAGUGCAUGCGGAUGACUUUCUGUACGAGUGCUGUCUUCUUCUGGAUUCUUUUGAUUAUUGCUUCAGUUAUUGGAAUCAUUGUCUAUAGGCUCUCGGUUUUCCUGGCAUUUUCUGCAACGUUGUCACAGCACAUUAGUGGAACAGACGCAAUCCGCAAGUACCUGACUCCACAGACAGCCACUUCAGUAACUGCUUCACUCAUCAGCUUUGUAGUCAUUAUGGUUCUCAACAUUGUCUAUGAAAAAGUGGCAAUCCUGAUUACUGACUUCGAGCUUCCAAGGACACAAACUGAUUAUGAAAACAGUCUGACCACAAAGAUGUUCUUGUUUCAAUUUGUCAACUACUAUUCUUCAUGCUUCUACAUAGCCUUCUUUAAGGGCAAAUUUGUAGGUCACCCUGGAAAUCCAGUUUAUUGGCUAGGAAAGUAUCGCAAUGAAGAGUGUGAUCCAGGUGGAUGUCUCCUUGAGCUCACAACUCAGCUUGCCAUCAUAGUAGGAGGUAAAGCAAUCUGGAACAACAUUCAAGAAGUGCUUCUUCCUUGGGUGAAGAAUCUAAUCGGAAGAUACUGUGCAGCUGCUAGAUCAGAAAAAGUCAUUCCACGCUGGGAACACGACUACCACCUGCAGCCCAUUGGAAAACUUGGACUGUUUUAUGAGUAUCUUGAAAUGGUUAUACAGUUUGGCUUUGUCACUCUGUUUGUGGCAUCGUUCCCCCUGGCUCCUCUUCUGGCCCUUAUUAACAACAUGUUGGAAAUCCGGUUGGAUGCAUGGAAGCUGACAACCCAGUUCAGGCGCAUGGUUCCACAGAAGGCGCAAGAUAUCGGUGCCUGGCAGCCUAUCAUGCAAGGGAUAGCCAUUCUGGCUGUGGUCACCAACGCUAUGAUCAUUGCUUUUACGUCUGAUAUGAUUCCUCGCCUGGUUUAUUACUGGUCCUUUUCAGUCCCUCCUUAUGGGAGUCACAGCAGUCACACUAUGAAAGGGUAUAUAAACAGUACACUUUCUGUCUUCAAUAUAUCAGACUUCAAGAAUGCAAGCAAGCCAUUUUCCCCGUGGUUUGUAAACCAAACAUGCAGAUACCGGGAUCUCCGCUACCCUCCUGGUCACCAGCACCAGUAUGAGCAUAACAUAUACUACUGGCAUGUCAUUGCAGCCAAGCUGGCAUUCGUCAUUGUUAUGGAGCAUGUCAUAUACUUUGUGAAGUUCAUUAUUUCAUACUUAAUUCCGGAUGUAUCGCAAAAGACCAAGAGCCAGGUCAAACGAGAGAAGUACCUAACACAGAAACUCUUGCAUGAGAGCGAUCUCAAAAUUGUGAAGAAAACCAUGGGCAAAAUAGCCGACAAAAUUAUCCAAGGAGUUGACAGCACUUUCCGACCUAAAGCUGACUAAGUACUUUUUUAUAUGGAAUAACAGUAUUUAGCCAACUAAUACCUGUCCAGGUAUUGCCAAUAGCUAACCAAACACUUUGGAUUAAUUCCCUUUACUAAGCAUUGUUUCUUGCAGCUGUUAUCUCCUCAUUUACCUCUUGCCCUUGGACAAAAGCAACCACUGCAACUCAGAUAAGAGCUAUCAAUUUUUUAAACAGCUUUAGUAGGACAUACAUACUUUUUUAACAUGUGAAGAUAAAAAUUAUCUAUCAUAUCACGACGAUGAACAUUAAUUCUGAAAUACAUAGAGUGCUUUCCACUUUAGGCAAGAGCUAUUAGAUCUCUUCUUUUGACUUGAAUAAAACCUUAAGAACACGAAGGAUUUGCUGUAAGAAUAACAUCAUGCCUUUUGAAAGAGUUGUGACUGCUUGCUUGCUAAUGCAGACCCCAACUAUAAAAUGAAGAGAAAAAGACAAAACAUGAAGGAAAAAGAAGGAAAAUACAGCUCAAAAUCAUGUUGUUAAGCCAUUGAAAUUGACAUAUUAAGCACUGUUGUGUGCUACACUGAAUUCGCUAUGCAUACUGAGACUUAAAUGGAUAACAAGAUAUUUCAAUUAAUCAUGGACUUGGAUCACAAGAAGCAGCAGGACUGUAAGCCCAUCCUGUUCAUCAAUCUCUCUGUAAACAGGAGAAUUGUCCUUAAAAUCAAUGCACACAAACUGACUUUACAGCACUCCAAGUGAGUACAAAACUCAGGCAUUUUAUCUUUCCUUAGUCAAUGUACUUUCAUUAGUUCACUUGCCCAUUCUGCUCUCAAUGACCACAGACUUGAAGGUAUCCUUACCUGUAACAGUAAUGGGUGUUAAACUCCUAACAGUAAUGAGUGUUAAAAGUCUUUUCACGUAGUAAAUCAAUAUUUGUGGAGGGCUGUCUUUUGUGUUUGUCCCACACUGUGCCUUUCCCUGAGAUUUUGACACAGGAAGAAUGUGCAGCUGGACUUGUUGGGAUACAACAUUGCAUGAUAAAGUGAAUUCUGACAAGACCAUGAGUCUAUUGAAACUCAGGAUUGGAAUGAACCGUUUAAUAUGCCUUAACCAUGUUAUGAAGCUUUAAAUAACUAGGAAGGAAGUUAGAGGUGUGGAUGCAAGUGCUAGAGCCAUCAAUCAUCUUCAAAUUAGGCUGCAGAUCUGCUUGGUUAUAUUGGCUCCAGUUGCAAACUGGGAGAUAGGGAAUUAUAGAUUAGGCAUGUAUGUAGAGCUCUGCUUUGUGUCUGCACCAGUGAUAUUCCAGGUUAUCAUUUGCUUUCUCGUUUAACAGCUUUAGUGGACCAAUUUCGGAAAUCCUGAAAGUCAGAAUCUUGUUAAAAAAGCAAAACUGUGCCCGUACUCUGUAAACCAGGUGAUUAUUGUUGCAUUUGUAAUUUUGUACUCUUCUUAAAUGUAAUAGAUAUGCAGAAAUUUUAGUCAGAUUAUUCAUAUAGCUUUUUAUAUGUUAAGAAGUUCAUUUGCAGAAACUAAGUAGCAUUUAUAAGCAUUUUUGUUCCAUUAAUAAUGAGAAGGAAUCAUACAUCUGAAUUUUGUAGCAGAGCUUCCAGGUACUGACUGCUGUGUACCUCGAGCAUAUCCUUUGAAUCAGAAUAAUUUAGGUUGGAAAAGAACUUUAAGAUCAUCAGUUCCAACCAUUAACUAUCACUGCCAAGUCCACCACUACACCAUGUCCCUAGGCACCACAUCCACAGGUCUUUUAAAUACCUCCAAGAAUGGUGACUCGGGCAUUUCCCUGGGCAGCAUGUUCCAGCGAUUGACAACCCUUUCAGUGAAGAAAUUUUUCUAAUAUCCAAUCUAAACCUCCCGUUGUGCAAUUUGAAGCUGUUUCCUCUUGUCCCAUCACUUGUGACUUGGAAGAAGAGACCAACACCCACCUUAGCACAACUUCCCGUCACGUAGU